AUGGCGACUCGCGACCGCACGGGCGAGUUCAUGCAGUACCGCGCUAUCCGUCCACGGCGCCCUGAGACAGAGCAGCUGCUCGCCGAAGAGGAGAACGCGAACCGGGUCUAUGUGACGCCGCUCUGGGUGAAAAAAAUGGCCGAUGUGCGGUCUAUCGAAGAUCAAAUCAAGGAACAAAUGAAGGGGCUCGAGAAGCUGCGCAAAGACCAUCUCAAAGUCGAGUUCAGUUCCACGCGCGACGAAAGUCGAGAGGAAGCUGAGAUCGAGGAUGCUCAGAACACGAUUGAUCGCCUCUUCAAGCAAAGUGAAAAAGGUGUGAAGGACUUGGAAAGCUCCUACAUACGUGAUCUCCCUGACGGGGGCACAGAUGCUGAGCUAAGCAUUUUACGCAAUGUCAAGAUGUGCCUGGUGAACGAGAUCAAUAACAUCAGCAAGCUAUACCGUGAGAGCCAACGCCGUUACAUGAUGGAUGUGAAGAAGCAACAGCUCGUCUCGCAGCGGUGGGCUGGCGGCGAUCGGCAAAAGGCGGUGGAGCAGCAGCUGGAGAAUGACGCACUUAUGGAUCAGUACUUCCAGAAGGGCAUGACGCAGGAGCAGGUCGAGACGAUCAUGCUGAAUCAGCAGAUGGCCAAUGAGCGAGUGAAGGAAUUCGAACGCAUCUACAGCUCUAUCAGGUCACUGCACGAGAUGUUCAAGGACAUGAACACCCUUGUUAUUGAGCAAGGCGCUUUGCUGGACCGCAUUGAUUACAACAUGACCAUCACGCACACACGCGUGCAGAAGGCGCGCACAGAGCUGCAGAGGGCCGCGGAGUACCAGUCCGCCGGUACAUUCAAGCUGUGCGUUCUUUUUAUGGUUGUACUCAUUGUUGGCCUUAUGAUAGCCCUCUUCGUCAAGGCUAUCACCUGA